AUGAGCGUAGAAGAAGUGUCAUGUCUUUCGGAGGACUUCGCUAGCCGCACAACAACCAGCGUUCUCAUCCUCUACGCUGACACGUACUUUGGUCGGAGGAUGUUUCAGCAGUUUUACGGCCGCAAGAGUAAGACGGGUACGUGCUACAGGAUUAAUGCGUGCAUGUGGAGUGAGAGCAGCGUGGAAAACUUUAUUGAUUACUGUGACACGCUACCGUUCCAAAUGGGUCACAGUUUCCGGUCCCGUCAGUCACUGCCAACCGUAAUCGACCUCGGAACCCAGGCCGAAAAAGCCAAUCUUGGUUCCACUAUCGACGGUGGCGCCACACAGGGCCCAGAUAAUGCGGACGGGACGAGCCAUCAGCUCAAUGUCUUCUGGCGCCGAAAUGGACCCAAGUUGCACCAGGCCGUGCUGGCAUCAGACCUGAUAGUAGUUGAGUUGCGCAGUGCACAGGAUGUAUUUGACAUUGUGCACCUUCUCACAACAAAGAUUUUGCGAAAAACAAAGCGCCUUAUUCUCGUCUCGUCACUACUAACGUGGUACGCCACGCCGCCCCUACAGAGGGAGUCGGUGGAGGAAGUGAACGGCGAAACAGACUCUGUUGAGAAUGAAGAGGAGGGAGAACACCAUGAGGAGGAACAGGAGGAGGUGCAGCAGCCCAUGAAACCAGAUGAAGUGGAGGCUUUGUUGGGACCUCUGGAGGUGGCCGAAGAUGAUUAUGAAAACUCUCCCUUGGAGGGGGAGGCAGAAGGUGAGUUGGAACUCCUAACAGAAGAUCAAUACAACCGUCGCAUCCCGCAUGCCAAGUAUUUCAACUGGCGCGAGGCGGAACGAGUUGUGGCUUCAGCGAACAGCGAUGAUCGCCAUUUGCAGACCUGCGUUGUGUUUGCGGGUCUCACAUACGGUGAGGGGGAAGAUGUGAUGGAGUCCUUCUUUCGCCAGGUGUGGAGCCGGGAGGAACAUGGAUUGCCCAUAUAUGGUAGUGGCUCGCAGAUUGUGCCAUGUGUGCAUAUUCGCGACCUCGUGACGUUUGCGCAGCGGCUUUUGGAGGCGGCUGCACCGCCAACAAGCCGCUACGUGUUCGCUACAGAUAACAGUAAUGUUUCAUGGCGGCGGAUGGUUCUCGCACUAAACCGGGCGUUCGGUGGGGAGAAAACAUUCCAUGUACCGCCUUCGGAGUACCUGCUUCACAAAAACGUAGAGCUCUUUACGAUGAACCUUCGUGUGGAGAAUUCCACGAUGAAUGAAAUGAUGGACGAAAGUGAUUGGGCGGCACGGGGCGGUUUCGUGGAUUCCAUUGAUAAGGUUGCCCAUGAGUUCAUUGAGUCACAUAACUUGCAACCGAUACGCAUCCUGAUUCUCGGGCCACCUCUGUCCGGGAAAACUGCCCUGUCCGGGGCUGUGGCGAAGCGGCACUAUCAUGUGCCUACUUUCACGAUAGAGCAAGUGCGGGAAGAGUACAAGGAGCACAUCGAGAUCCUGAAAUCUAGACUUGCAAAGUUCCGUCAGUGCCUACAUGAACGGGAAAAGACGCGUCGUGAAGAAGCGAAGAAGCGGGCAUUCUUGCGACCGCGCAAUAAGCCAGAGGUUAAGGAAGAAGAGGAAGAUGACCAAAAUGCCAUGGGUGAGACACAGCAGCAACCAACAGCGUCCCCCGACAGCGGCCGGCAGGGAAAUAUGGAAAGCACCAGGCUAGUGGAUUGUUCAACUACCGUUGCUGAGGAUGAUGUCGAUGGUAAGGCGGUUGACUUUUCGCUGAACGAGGAGGAAAUGCAAAACGUGGAGGCACUCGUCGACGAUUGGUACCAGGGCAACGAACGUGCUAUACAAAUACGUGAUACUAUUGCGUCAAUGGAGCGUGUACUCUCAAUGCGGAUAAGAGUACAGCCCCCAAGCUCAAAUGACCCGUUGGGUUCCAGUAACCCAAAGAAGCGUAAAGAGGGAACGAAGCAGAAGCGUGUAGCAAAAGUUGUAAACAAGAAGCCAGUCGCUGAAGAAGAAGAACACAAUCCUGUACAACAGGAAAGUGCUCCAUUUCAGGACAAGGCACUUGCAUGCAUGGUGCGGUGGCGGCUGUCCCGUCCGGAUUGCCGUAACCAAGGAUACGUGCUUGACGGCUUUCCAGAGACCGUGGAGCAGGCUCGCCUUGUCUUUGGCCAGACCCCACUGGAGCUUCCCGAAAACAAUGAAGACACAGUAAUUUCGUUGCCCUCCGCACCAGCCGGUAGUGGAGGGUAUGCAAGGACGGCGGUUGUGCGUCACUCGGCGUCACUCUCGGCGAAUGCUCCACCCGAGAGCACGGAGUUGUGUGACGAAGAUCGGUUGCCUGAUUUUGUCUUCGUCCUUACUGCUCCGGAUAAUUACCUCCUUGAUCGUCUGACCGCUGUUUCCAAGAUAUCAGGCGAGACGGGAAGUACUGAGGAAAAGUGUCUGAGGCGGUUCGAGGCAGCGAUGGCAAACUACCAACAACAGUACACGAACGCAGAAUACACCCUUCCAAACUUCUUCGAAACUGCCAGCACCGUCGCCAAAGUGCUUACGCCAGGAGGCCGCACCCCCACCGUGUUGGCGGUUGAUGUGAGUGGUCAGCCCCUACUGCCUCCGCCACCACCGGAGUCCGAUUUCGCCGUGCCCGAACCAGGUCAGCUGGAGAAACUUCUCUGCGCAUACGUCGGACCCUCCCACACGUUGGGGCUUUCUCCAAAGCAACUCUUCGAUGAAGAAAUACGAGCUCGUAAUUUAGAAAUGGAAGAAAGAAAGAAGGAGAUGCGUGCCAUCACCGAGCAGUACGAACGCGAGUUGCGUGAGUGCAUGAUGGAGAGCGAGCAGCGGUCCGUCGUAGAAGAUGCUCGGCGCGCCAUCGACCUCGCGGACCGGGAGGCCCUAGAAGAACGCAAAAGACCGCUGCGGAUGUAUCUUAACCAUAACAUCAUACCGUUGCUGAGCAAGGGACUAGUAGAGGUGUGUAAAAGGCGACCCGUUGACCCUGUAGACUUCCUCGCCGAGUGGCUUAUGCUCCACAACCCUCACGAUGAUUCGUGUUUUGAACUGUAA